ACAUAUAGCCACAACGAUUCACACCACCAACAUAUAGCCACAACGAUUCACACCACCAGAUGAAUGCCGAAGCAAUUCGUUCCACAUAGGCGUGGGCCACACCGCAUUGCCUGCAUCGCUCUCUACCGAGCCCUUCUCUCAAAAUGCCGUCAGAUAAAAGUACCAGCGAGCUUCAACAGAGGCCCCGUCCCCCCCAUAAAACACCUAAUCCGCCGACAAUUCCGUCGCAAUGUCCAUGUCACCAGCGGCCCCCUCGUAGUCGCAGCACUACGAGUCGGAUAUGAAGCCGAAGAACUCCUCCACACCGCCACCACCGGCUCCGGCGCCGCCCACUCCAAGAUCCUCGACCUCCUCCGCGGCGUCCAAGCCCAAGGCGACGCCACACGCCUCGAGAACGCCGAGAACCCGCCCCUCCCGCCCCCGCCUCCGAGGCGCAUACCAGGGCCCUACCCCGGCGUCACGCCCGUCCUCGAAAGGCAACCUCGCCCCAAAUCGCAGCUGACGGGUCGUCGAUAUGUCCCUAAGCUCGUGAGUGCGAAUUCGAUACCCUUCCUACGGUUCAAGAAGCCGCAGAGCCCGUUCCUGUCGCAGGUGCUGAAUGGUAAGAUUAAGUUGCGGCAGAAGCGGAAUAAUCAUUUGGAGAGGUUGGGGGGGUUGCUGGAUAUGACGAGCUGGGAGCAGAUGUGGGAUGAGGAGUUGGGGAUGGUGGAGGGGGAGCACUGGAGCGCGGCGACAUAUCGUGAGAAAUUGGGUGUUGAAAAUGCGCUCGAGAAGGCUAGCGAGGCGAAUGUUGUGAUUGCACGGAAGAUGCUGGCUAUUGUGGAUGAGGAGCAGAGGCUAGCUGAUAUUGAGAAGAGGGAGUGGCUUAGGGAGAAGCGAAAGAGGUAUAGGCAUAGGAAGCGGGAGAGGGAUGAGGCUCUCCAGGGAGAAUUACCAAAGCACUGAGUAGUGGCUAUCCGUAUUCAUUCUUAGAGCGGUUGGCAUGAGUAAAUAGCCUAUCAGUCAGACUGUUAGAUGCUUGGAUACCACUUUAAUUGUAAAAUAUACGUA